CCGAACACUACGCCCCCCUGUUCUUCUUCUUCCUCCUCUCCCCUCUCGCCGUGCUGGUGGUGAGUGAGGCGGCGAGCGGCGAGCUCCUCCGGUGAUCCGAGGCUCGCCGGCCGGCGAGAGCUUGCCUGUUUCGGGAGGUUUUCAGGGUGAUCUGAGAGCACAGCGAGCCGAUGGCGGCGGCGGCGAACGGGGCGGCGUGCUGCGGUGGCGCGACGGGGCCAGGGUACGCGACGCCGCUGGAGGCCAUGGAGAAGGGCCCGAGGGAGAAGCUCCUCUACGUCACCUGCGUCUACAACGGUACUGGAAUUAACAAGCCGGAUUACCUGGGUACGGUGGACGUGGACCCCAAUUCCCCUACAUACUCCCAAGUGAUCCACAGGCUCCCAGUCACCCAUGUCGGCGAUGAGCUGCAUCACUCUGGAUGGAACGCUUGCAGUUCUUGCCAUGGUGAUCCAUCGGCUAGCCGCCGUUUCUUGAUUCUGCCUUCGUUGCUGUCUGGCCGUGUGUAUGUCGUUGACACGCUGAAGGACCCAAGGGCGCCUGCCUUGCAUAAGGUGGUCGAGGCUGAGGACAUUGCUGAGAAGACAGGGCUUGGAUUUCCUCAUACAUCUCAUUGCCUGGCAUCUGGGGAGAUAAUGAUUUCUUGCCUUGGGGAUAAGGAGGGAAAUGCUGCUGGCAAUGGCUUCCUCCUGCUGGAUUCUGAAUUCAAUGUCAAAGGACGUUGGGAAAAGCCAGGUCACAGCCCCUUGUUUGGCUAUGAUUAUUGGUAUCAACCUCGUCACAAGACAAUGAUCAGUUCAUCAUGGGGAGCACCUGCAGCUUUCAGGACUGGUUUUGAUCUUCAGCAUGUGCAGGAUGGUCUCUAUGGAAGACAUCUGCACGUGUAUGACUGGCCUGGUGGUGAGCUCAAGCAGACACUAGAUUUAGGCAGUACAGGUCUUCUUCCACUUGAGGUGAGGUUUUUACAUGAUCCAUCAAAGGAUACUGGGUAUGUGGGCUGUGCUCUGACAAGCAACAUGGUCAGAUUUUUCAAGACUGCAGAUGGAUCAUGGAGCCAUGAGGUUGCUAUAUCUAUAAAACCAUUGAAAGUGCGCAACUGGAUUCUGCCUGAAAUGCCAGGACUGAUAACUGAUUUUGUUAUCUCUCUGGAUGAUCGCUAUCUCUACUUGGUCAACUGGCUUCAUGGUGAUAUCAGGCAGUACAACAUCGAGGACCCUGCGAAGCCUGUGUUGGCUGGACAAGUAUGGGCAGGAGGCCUUCUUCAAAAGGGCAGUGAGGUUGUGUAUGUAACUGAGGAUGACAAAGAAGAGCAGUACAGUGUGCCCCAGGUCAAGGGUCAUCGACUUAGAGGUGGGCCACAGAUGAUUCAGCUGAGCCUGGAUGGGAAGAGGAUAUAUGUGACCAACUCUCUUUUCAGCCGAUGGGACGAGCAGUUCUAUGGCCAAGAUCUUGUCAAGAAGGGCUCCCACAUGUUGCAGAUCGACGUCGACACUGAGAAAGGAGGACUAUCGAUCAACCCUAACUUCUUUGUAGAUUUUGGUGCUGAGCCAGAGGGUCCCUCCUUGGCCCAUGAGAUGAGAUAUCCUGGUGGAGAUUGCACCUCUGAUAUAUGGAUAUAAAGAUCUUGAAGGAUUUGCAUACACUCAGGUGUUGAUUCAUCCUGUGUAUUCACUGUAACUAAGACUGUAUGCUUGCUGUGGUCUAUAUGUAAUUUCGAUGGUAACAAGUCCCCAUAAUACCUAGAACAUUCACUCCAUGGCUCAUUUGGUAACAUUAGCUUAAUAAAGAGAUGUAUCCAAUGGUGCACUUUCUGCUAGUGUUUGGAUUUUGAGCUAUCUGAUUAAAUUUCUCCAA